GAGGAAGACGGUGGGAAGAAGAAGAAACUGAAAAGUCUGAGGUCAAAACUGACAAGAAAGGGCGUUUGGAUACGGUUCCAAGACUGCGACUAUUCGGGAUUGGGUUGGUAAGGUAAGAUUUCUUUUUGAAAAGUACGAGAGAUGCAGCCGCAAAGGGUUCUCAGUCCAGUUAUUCCACACUAGCAUCCUCGUGGCCGUCACAUAUUAGUCAGUUUGAGAUCCGCAGCAACAGUCAAUUGGCCCCGUAUCAUAGCAGCUAAUAGAUUCGUAAACACUUGUUACCGCAUUUUCUUUUCAUUCACUGGCUUGACAGGUCAAGAGGCAAAGGGCUGUGGGGGUGACAACGUGCACGUUUACAUUCAGACGAAGAAUAUCCAACCCACCAUUCUUCCCUCCCACUCCCCUUAAAACCAUCCACAUCCCUCAACGAAAGAAAGGAAACCAUACGUCCCAUUUUCAUUCGUUUUCUUUAAUCUACAAUCGUUCUUGCUUUCGAUACCCUUUCUGCACACCCUACCAAUAUCUAGAUCCCAUCGAACACAUCCCCUUUUAUUGCAACAAUGUGUGGAAUCUUCGGAUACAUUAAUUACUUGGUGGAGAAGGACAGAAAGUACAUUCUUGACACACUUGUCAAUGGUCUUUCGCGCCUUGAAUACCGUGGUUACGAUUCUGCUGGUCUCGCCAUCGAUGGAGACAAAAAGAAUGAAGUCUUUGCAUUCAAGGAGGUCGGCAAAGUUGCAAAGUUGAAGGCUCUCAUCGAGCAAGAGAAGCCAGAUCUCACCAAGGUUUUCGAUUCCCACGCCGGUAUUGCACACACCAGAUGGGCUACUCACGGUCCUCCAUCUCGUCUUAAUUGCCAUCCUCACAGAUCUGACCCCUCCUGGCAAUUCUCGGUCGUACACAAUGGUAUCAUCACCAAUUACAAGGAGUUGAAGACUCUGUUGACAUCAAAGGGCUUCAAGUUUGAGACCGAGACCGACACAGAAUGCAUUGCCAAGCUUGCAAAAUACCUUUACGACCAGCACCCAACAAUUGGCUUUACGGAUUUGGCAAAGGCAGUCAUCAAGGAAUUGCAAGGUGCUUUUGGUCUUCUGAUGAAGUCAGUACACUAUCCACACGAGGUUAUUGCUGCACGUAAGGGUUCGCCCUUGGUCAUUGGUGUACGAACAGAGAAGCGCAUGAAGGUUGAUUUUGUUGAUGUCGAAUACGCUGAGGACGGACCAUUACCAGCCGAAAAAGCUUCACAAAAUGCUGCUUUGAAGAAAUCCAACGUUGGAAAUUUCCUCUCCGCUAGCAAUGCUCUUGCUCCAGCAGACAAGUCCUUGUUGCACAGAUCCCAAUCUCGUGCCUUCAUGACUGAUGAUGGAGCUCCAAUGCCAACCGAGUUUUUCCUCUCUUCAGAUCCUUCUGCUAUCGUCGAGCACACCAAGAAGGUCAUGUACCUUGAGGACGAUGAUAUCGCUCACAUCCAUGAGGGUUCCUUGAACAUCCACAGACUCACCAAGGUUGAUGGCUCAUCCAAUGUCCGCACAAUCCAAACUCUUGAGUUGGAACUCCAAGAAAUCAUGAAGGGUAAAUUCGACCAUUUCAUGCAAAAGGAGAUUUUCGAACAACCAGAAUCAGUCAUCAACACAAUGAGAGGACGCUUGGAUGUCGAGAACAAGACGGUUACACUCGGUGGUUUGAGAUCAUACAUUGCCACUAUCCGACGUUGCAGAAGAAUCAUAUUCAUCGCUUGUGGUACUAGUUAUCACUCUUGCAUGGCGGUUCGUGGUGCUUUCGAAGAGUUGACUGAAAUUCCAAUUGCCGUCGAGUUGGCCUCGGAUUUCCUCGAUAGACAAGCACCCGUCUUCCGUGAUGACACUUGUGUUUUCGUUUCUCAAUCUGGUGAGACUGCAGAUUCCUUGAUGGCUCUCCGAUACUGCUUAGAGCGUGGUGCGUUGACCGUCGGCAUUGUCAAUGUUGUCGGCUCCUCCAUCUCCCUCCUCACUCACUGUGGUGUCCAUGUCAACGCCGGUCCCGAAAUCGGUGUUGCUUCUACCAAGGCCUACACUUCUCAAUUCAUUGCUAUGAUUAUGUUUGCUCUCUCCUUGAGUGAAGAUCGUUCCUCAAAACAGAAGAGACGCGAGGAUAUCAUGGAUGGGCUUGGAAAGAUCUCAGGACAAAUCAAGGAGGUCUUGGAGCUCGACCAACCAAUCAAGGAGCUUUGUGCCAGAACAUUCAAGGAUCAAAAGAGUUUGUUGCUUUUGGGUAGAGGUAGCCAAUAUUCUACCGCUUUGGAGGGUGCCCUCAAGAUCAAGGAAAUUUCUUACCUCCAUUGCGAGGCUGUCAUGUCUGGUGAACUUAAGCACGGUGUUUUGGCAUUGGUUGAUGAGAAUUUGCCAAUCAUCAUGAUUCUUACUCGUGAUGAGAUUUUUGCUAAGUCUCUUAACGCUUAUCAGCAAGUCAUUGCUCGUUCUGGCAAGCCGAUUGUUAUCUGCAACCCCGGAGAUGAGGAAUUCCAGACCAGUCAAGCCGAGAAGAUUGAGAUUCCAGCUACAAUUGACUGUUUACAAGGUCUCCUCAACGUUCUCCCACUCCAACUUAUUUCCUACCACUUGGCUGUUGCCGGUGGUCUCAACGUCGAUUUCCCAAGAAACUUGGCCAAGUCAGUCACCGUCGAGUAAAUAGGUUUCCGGUAUGGCGUAGCUAUAAAAGGCUACUAAGCCCCAUCGCUUUGGUAUUCUGCUGGACUCGGAUGCAUUGAAAGGAAAUGGAAGAAAAGGAUGGGCAAGAAGUCUAGCUACACAUUCAAGUGUUGUGCUUCUUUAUUUUUUUGCGUAGAUGUGAGGCUUAGCGAAUUGUGGGCACUAAAAACUCGGUUUGGGAUCUUUUGAUGGAGGGGUGGUAUGUGCUUCCAUAGUUAGCUGCUAUUGUGAUGAAUGCAAUGCACUCUCUUUAGAUAUCUACUUCUGCGGAAGCGCGGUUGCAAUUUGCGUAGGGAAGUCAAUGGCCAGACAAGCUCUCUUUUUUGAUAGACAAUGAAAUGAAAUACAUUGUUAAAAUAUAUUGCUUUUUGGUGCUACA